CUGAUAUAACAACUUCCUGUCUGUCAAUGAAAGUGAAAGCGAUUUAAAACUGGAGUCGCCAUUUUGUCAAGAAACGCGAAUGUGAUUCUGGAAAAAUAAAAAGAUAUUUUUAUUGCCGGAGGCUCCAGCAGGAAUCAUCUGAUCUGGAUCGGUACAAAAAUGGAGGAGAGAGGAAAAAUAAGAGCUGCUUCUGAAAUGCCCCCCCCUGUGGGGUGUAACAGAAAGAGCACUGAGAGUGUCCUGAUGGAGAGAGCAGACUCCCCUGUACCCAGCUGUGUUUCCCUGAAGAGUGACUGGUCAAUGGAACACCCGCUCCACUUCAAUAAGGGACAUUUUCCUACAGAUCAAAGUGUCCUGAUGGAGAGAGCAGACUCCCCUGUACCCAGCUGUGUUUCCCUGAAGAGUGACUGGUCAAUGGAACACCCGCUCCACAUCAAUAAGGGACAUUUUCCUACAGAUCAAAGUGUCCUGAUGGAGAGAGCAGACUCCCCUGUACCCAGCUGUGUUUCCCUGAAGAGUGACUGGUCAAUGGAACACCCGCUCCACUUCAAUAAGGGACAUUUUCCUACAGAUCAAAGUGUCCUGAUGGAGAGAGCAGACUCCCCUGUACCCAGCUGUGUUUCCCUGAAGAGUGACUGGUCAAUGGAACACCCGCUCCACUUCAAUAAGGGACAUUUUCCUACAGAUCAAAGAGACCAAAUGGAAGAAUGCAGUUCAGAUCUACACGAUAAACCGGGUUUAUCAUCCAUAUCGAAGUUACUAGAGGAAAAAGCCGUAAAGUUCCUAAAGGAUGAGCUGAAGAAGUUUGUGAGGUACCUAGAUCAGAAUUACCCAGAAUGCUCUGAGCCUCAGCUGGAGGAGGACAAUGACCUGGACAGUGAUGGUCGGAUGCAGAAGACCUGUGGUAGAGAGGGAGCUCUGAAGAUCACACUGUACAUCCUGAGGACCAUGCAGCAAAAUGAUCUCGCUGACAUGCUGGAGAAGAGACAGCUCAUGCUGCAAUAUCAGCAGGAAAUCAAACGUAAACUUAAGAAGCAGUUUGAGUGUGUAUUUGAAGGGAAAGCUAAGGGAGGACAGCCAACACUUCUCAGUGAGAUUUACACAGAACUCUACAUAACUGAAGGUGGGACUGGAGGAGUCAAUGAUGAACAUGAAGUGAGACAGAUUGAAACAGCAUCCAAGAAAAGGCAAACAGAAGAUACUACAAUGAACUGCAAUGAUAUAUUUAAACCCUUAUGUGGGCGUAAAACACCUGUCAGAACUGUACUCACUAAAGGGGUGGCAGGUAUCGGGAAAACAGUCUCUGUGCAGAAAUUUAUUCUCGACUGGGCAGAAGGAAAAGCAAACCAGGAUGUUCACUUCAUAUUUGCUCUUCCUUUCCGGGACCUGAAUAUGAUUAAGGAUGAAUACAGUCUGAUUGAACUGCUUCACCGCUUUGUCCCAGAACUGAAAUCUCUUGAAUCCAUUGAGCUGUUUAGGUACAAAGUCUUGUUCAUCUUUGAUGGUCUGGAUGAGUGUCGCCUUCCUCUAGAUUUUCAGAACAAUGAGAGCUGGUUUGAUGUAACAACAAAAACGUCACUGGAUGUGCUGUUGACUAACCUCAUUAAGGGGAAUCUGCUUCCAUCCGCUCUCCUCUGGAUCACCUCCCGGCCGGCAGCAGCCAAUCAGAUACCUCCUGACUGCAUCCACCAGGUGACAGAGAUACGAGGGUUCAGUGAUGCCCAGAAGGAGGAGUAUUUCAGGAGGAAAUUCAGUGAUCAGAGCCUGGCCAGCAGGAUUAUCACACAUGUGAAAUCAUCAAGGAGCCUCUUCAUCAUGUGCCACAUACCUGUGUUCUGCUGGAUUUCAGCCACUGUCCUUGAGAGGCUUUUUAGUGAGACUGACAGGGAAGAAAUUCCAAGAACUUUGACUGAAAUGUACACACACUUCCUGAUCUUUCAGGCGAGUUUAAAAAAUGACAAAUAUAUGAAAAACUAUAAAACCAAGCUUAAGGAAUACAGUAAGGAAUUCCUUUUAAAACUUGGUAAACUGGCUUUUGACAACCUUGAGAAAGGCAAUCUCAUAUUUUAUGAGCAAGAUCUGACAGAGAAUGGCAUUGAUGUCACUGAAGCUUCAGUUUACUCUGGAGUGUGCACAGAAGUCUUUAAAGAGGAAUAUGGGCUGUAUCAGGAGAAGGUGUACUGCUUUGUGCAUCUGAGCAUCCAGGAGUAUCUCGCUGCUUUAUACGUGUUUCUGUCAAACUCAUCAGCUGACCUGCUGAAGACUGCAGUGGAUCAGGCAUUAGAGAGCAAGAAUGGACACUUGGACCUCUACCUCCGCUUCCUCCUGGGCCUCUCAAGAUACUCCAGUAAGACUCUGUUACAAAGACUACUGGGACAGCGAGGAACCAGGUCACAUAACAUUCAGGAAACAGACCAACACUUACAUCCAACCAAUAUCUGUACCGACGUGUUCUAUUCAGGGCCAUGGAGGUUCAAAGCUUGUCCCCAAAGCAAUGAGUGCAUAGCAGAGAAUGACCCUGUAACGGGUUCCGACCUAGAAUGGGGUUCUGACUCAGAAUCGGGUUCUGAUUCAGAAUCGGGUGCCAAUCAUUCACCGGCCCAAUACAUCAAGUGGAAAAUCAAGAAGAAAUUAUCUCCAGAUAGAACCAUCAAUCUGUUCCACUGUCUGAAUGAACUGGGUGACAAUUCACUAGUAGAGGAAGUACAAAGAUACCUUCAUUCAGGGCAUCUUUCAGCAGAAGACCUCUCACCUGCACAGUACUCAGCUCUGGCCUUUGUGAUGCUGAUGUCAGAUGAAGAGCUGGAUGUGUUUGAUCUGAAGAAAUACAUUGGAUCAGAAAAUGAAGAGCAGUGGAGGCUGCUGCCUGUGGUCAAGAACUCCAGGACGGCUCUGCUGAACGGCUGUGAUCUCAUAGAUAAACACUGUGAAAUGCUGACUUCAGCUCUAAGAUCAAACUCCUCACCCCUGAGAGAGCUGGACCUGAGUGACAAUGACCUGCAGGAUUCAGGAGUGAAGUUGCUCUCUGCUGGACUGGGGGAUUCACACUGUAAACUGGAGAUACUGAGGCUGUCAGGCUGUAGAGUCACAGAAGAAGGCUGUUCUUCCCUGGCUUCAGCUCUGAGGUCAAACCCCUCACACCUGAGAGAGCUGGACCUGAGCUACAAUCACCCAGGAGACUCAGGAGUGAAGCUGCUCUCUGCUGUACUGGAGGAUCCCAGCUAUAAAUUGGAGAAGCUGAAGGUGAACUGGUGUGAACUCACAGAGAAAUGCUGUGAGGUGCUGGCUUCAGCUCUCAGAUCAAACUCCUCACCCCUGAGAGAGCUGGACCUGAGUGACAAUGACCUGCAGGAUUCAGGAGUGAAGCUGCUCUCUGCUGGACUGGGGGAUUCACACUGUAAACUGCAGAUACUGAGGCUGUCAGGCUGUAGAGUCACAGAAGAAGGCUGUUCUUCCCUGGCUUUAGCUCUGAGGUCAAACCCCUCACACCUGAGAGAGCUGGAUCUGAGCUACAAUCACCCAGGAGACUCAGGAGUGAAGCUGCUCUCUGCUGUACUGGAGGAUCCCAGCUGUAAACUGGAGAAGCUGAAUGUGGAUCACGGUGGAGAGUGCAGGACCAGACCAGGCUUACAGAAAUACUCCUGCCAGCUGACGCUGGACCCCAACACAGCAAACAGACGCCUGUCUCUGUCAGGGGGGAACAGGAAGGUGACAUGGGGGGCAAAGCGGCCAUAUCCUGAUCAUCCAGAGAGAUUUGAUCACUGGCCCCAAGUUCUGUGCAGAGAGAGUCUGACUGGCCGCUGUUACUGGGAGGCUGAGUGGGAUGGAGAUGGAGCUGAUAUAGGAGUGACUUAUAAAGGGAUCGAGAGAAAAGGAAGGAGUGACUGUCUGCUUGGACACAAUGACAAGUCAUGGUGUCUGUACUGUAAACCUGACAGUUACUCUGUCUGGCACAAUAAGAAACAGACUCUCAUACUCAUAGAGCCCUCAGGCUCCCGCAGAGUAGGAGUGUAUCUGGACUGGGGGGCUGGUGCUCUGUCCUUCUACAGAGUCUCCUCUGAUGGACUGACCCCCCUGUGCAGAUUCUCCUCCUCAUUCACUGAGUCCCUCUAUCCAGGGUUUUUUGUUUAUAGAAACUCCUCAGUGUUACUGUGACGUGUUGCUGGUUCUCCUGGCAAAAAGGUCAAAUCUCUGCUUUUUAACCUUUAUAAUACUUUUUACUCUCAAAUGUAUGUUUGACAAAAAUAAGUUUUUCUCUCUGACUAAAAUGUAACUAAAUGUAAUCCUGAUUGGGGGGGGGGCUUUCCCCCUCCCCUGUAUAUGUACAUUUUAUAUAUUUAUGCCUAUUUACUAUAUUACUGUACAAUGACAAUAAAGUCUUUCUGUUCUGUCCUA